AUGGAGGAUGCCGAGCCCGCGGACCUGCACGUGCGCAUCGAGAACGCCAACUACUCGGCCGAGCAGUGGCUGGAGAGCGAACCCCCGGAGCGCGCGGCGGCCUUCGAGGCGCUGGAGCAGAUGCUGGCGCUGCAGAGCGAGCAGACAGACUGGACAUUCAAGGUGUUCAAGUGCAUCGUCAAGCUCGCUGUUGCCGUCGUCGCCGCUGCUCUUGGCCAGCGUCGCGAGGAGCUGCUGGGUAACGCCAAGACGGCGAACAAGAAGCUUGUGUCCAGGAGCGCUAGUGCAGGAGUCGACACGCAGCGGCCGGUGGACCUGGCCCCGACGCGACCAGGCCAAGACUCGCCACUCGCCGACUUGCCUCGCAUACCUGAAGCUGCCUCCCCGUCCUCAAUGGCUAGCACGUUCAUGCCGCACCCCAAUACUCUAAAUCUGGCUGACGGCGUCGCACUCCAGCGCGUGGCUCCACUACACGGUCAGUUUGACAAUGACGGCAGCUUCUUCAGUCUCAAGCGACUCCCGCCACUUCGAACAGUCGCGCGAUUUGACUGCGAAAGCGCUUUCAGUUCAAUACCGAUCAAGGCGGAGGCUAUCGAAGCAGAAGCGACCGAAUCCAAGCCAAAUGCUGCAGCUUCUCGCCGAGAGCGGUGCCGCAUCAACCAGGCCAGAUACAGAAAACGGCAGCGCCAGCACGCCGACGAACUCGAUGAGAGCAUCCAGCAGCUGCAGAAGGAGAUUGAAGACCUCCAAGCCGAGCGACAGAUCAUCGAGCAGGCCACCUCAUCCACGCAGAGCGUGUGGGUUGUAGCGACGGACUACUUCCGACACUUCCGACAUGGAUUCACCGCGGCCCCUCCGAGUGUGGCGAACUCGCCGUUUGCCUCACAACCAUAUGAGCCGCACCGUCAACUGGAAUUCCUGCGGACGGCCAUGGCUGAGGACGUGACCGACGGUUGUCUUUGUGGUGCGGAGGCGUUGCUGGAGAACUGGAGACUCUUCACUCUUCUGCACGGCGACCUACAAGUCCAGCUCACAAGUCUGGAGCAGCUAUCCGGUGGCUCGCUGCUGGCUGCCACCUCGGUCACCCUCACUAUCAUUCAAAACACGGUCCUGCACCUGUACCCGCACCUGAUCAGGGUCGGAGCCAACGGCCAAGAAUGGUCUCCUCUCGCGUCGAGAAUGCUGAACCAACGUCUAGUGGUGCCAGGGUCUGUGCGCUUUGAUUGGGACAGUACGAGUGGGCGCGUUUCGAGACUCGAGUCGAAGCUCGAUAUGCUGACACCGAUGUUGAAGCUGCUGGGCAGUUUGGAGGCUGUCGCGUGUGUGUUUGGUCAAACUUCGAUAACCUUAGAGUGUCGAAUCGUUCAGUAA